AAACAAUCUCCUUAUCCAAUUCCUCAACAGUAUCUCGAAGAUACGUUCUCUCGGUUUUAUUUGCUGCGUUGUGGCAGCUUAGCCACUGUGCCUGCCAUGGACUGGGGAGUCCGACCGGAGUUACGCAGCACAAACAACAUGGGAGAGCAUGACUUACAGAGGGUACUGGGAAAUUUAUUCCUCAUAGGCUUUGAAGGCACAGUUCUGACCCAAGAGCUACGAGGGCUAAUAGAAAGCCACUUUGUCGGUGCUAUAUUAUUAACAUCAAAGAAUCUUAAAUCAGGAGACCAAGCAACGCACUUGAUCAGCAGCCUACAAUGGUGUGCUUAUGCAGCCGGCCAUGAACGCCCGCUACUGAUUGCUAUUGACCAAGAGAACGGGAGCCUUAACUCCCUCGUAGAUGAAUCCAUCACUCAGUUCCCUUCCGCCAUGGGCAUGGCUGCCAACGGCUCCCCCAGUCUUACCCGACAGGUCGCCACUGCAAGUGCGUCAGAGCUAAGCUGUGUAGGCGUGAACUGGAUACUCGGACCAGUUCUGGAUGUACUGUCAGCAUCACGAGCUUCACCACUAGGAGUGCGUGCCUUUGGAGAUGAUCCUAUAACAGUCCUAACCCACGGCUUGGAGACGGUACAUGGCUUCAAGAAGGCACGUGUCGCAUGUUGCGGGAAACACUUCCCUUCGUAUGGCGAUGUUGAAUUUGUGGAUGGCACCGAGUUCAGUCUCCCAUCCAUGGCGACUACUAUGGACGGUUUGCGAAACAGGGCCUUUAUUCCUUUCCAGGCCUGCGCUCAAGCCGGGUUGGAUGCUAUACUUGUCGGAGGAUGCACUCUAAAUAUCGAUGGCAAGGCGGUCAAUCAUGCCUGUCUAGAGAGCAGUGUUGUGACUGAUAUCUUGCGACACGAGUGUCAGUUUGGUGGUGUCGUUCUUUCCGAGUGCCUUGCAAUGGAGGCCCUCUGCCAGGAUAUUUGCAUUUCUCAAGGCGCAACGAUGGCAAUUAAGGCGGGGUGCGACAUGGUUAUGUUAUGUCGGACAUACCAGUCGCAGCUGGAAGGCCUUGCCGCAGUCAAACUAGCUGUACAGGACGGUAGUGUCCCAUUGCAAGUCAUAAUGGAAUCGAACAAUCGAAUCAACGCCAUGAAGGACGGAUGCACCUCGUGGGAGCGAGCUCUUAGCCCCCAAGGUCCGGUUCGUUUAACUAGCCUGAGUAAAGAUCACUUGAUCCUAUCCGACCAAGUAUAUCGAGGCGCAAUUAGCUUGGUGCGAGAUACGGUUGGCAACCUUCUACGUAUUAGGAAUAUUCCAGCCGACAAAGAAGUACUGCUCCUCACCCCGCUAGUUGGACUGUUUGCCUCUACAGCUACUAGAGCGGUCCCAAAAGAUCUAGUUGCAGCACCAAGGGUAUCUCGACUUGCGCCGGGUGAGGACACCUUUCAGUCUUUCGGUGCCUUCCUUGCGCAUCAGCUCAGGGUUCGGCUGAUUCACACAUCAUACUCAAGCAACGGGGUACGGCCAGUGCACGAACAGUUGAUUUCUCGAUCAUCAGCUGUCAUCAUUUUAACAGCGGAUGCUACACGUAAUACCUCUCAAUAUGGAGUCACCAAACUCGUGAAUAUGCAAUGCAGAUAUCAGACCUAUGAGGGGCGCCAGAAGCCUGUCGUUGUGGUCGCUCUCAGCUCUCCGCAUGACUUCCUAACUGACAAUGAUAUCCACACGUACAUCUGUACUUAUGACUUCACAACACCGUCCCUGAAUAACCUUGCUCUUCUCCUCGCUGGGAAGUUGAACUCCACUAAAAUACCUCCUUUAGCAUUGGCACGACAGGCGAGUCCUAACAACCUUAGAAGAACCAAUGAGCCGAUGAAUGCAACGUGGCUAGUCGAGCCGUACGACGACAUUCGUGACCGGUCGGCCUUGGAGAGGUUUUGGAGCCGAAUUCCCGUAACACAACUUCCGUCGACACUCAGCCCCGUGGAUGGCUUCCCGGGGAAGAAAUGCUUUGUCGUCCGUAACAGCACCAUGAUGACAAUUCUUGGGAUCGUGGUCAUCUCAAUAUUUGAGUCGCGGCCUGAUGGUCAGAUUGAAAUUGUUCUUGUCGAUCCAGAUCGAAAGGGGUUUGGAAUAGAGAACUCACUCCAUGAGCAUGCGCUUUCAUAUCUAGCUUCUGUUCGAAGCUUAUCCGGAGUCAGCAUAAGUCAACCUUAUUAUCCCUGAAUUAAAUGCUUGGGCUGUUCUUAUACUAGUGUCCCUAGCUCCAAUUUGGUUCGGCGUCAUGGGCUUUUUUUUUGGAUGUACUGUAUCUUCUCGUUCUACAAGAACGGCGGAUUGAGUGGCGUUUAAACUAUGCAGCUUUGUAAUAUUAGUGAUUUUCGAUGCUCGCAUCAAACUCAGGCUAAAGCCAGGUUCA